AUGCCCUUCAGGAAGGUCAGCUCAGCAGAAGGCAAGGUGAAGGAGGAGCCCAAGAGGAGGUCCCCAAGUCUGUCUUAUAAGCUUGCUCCUACAAAGACAAAUAUCAGACCCAGGAAGAGGGUGGGCAAGGGUAAAUCUUGGGAUAAAAAUGUUCCAAUAAAAAGGAAAAGGGGAGAAAAUGGAAAACAGACUGAAGUGGCUAAACUAGAAAUUAGAGAAUUAACUGCAGAAAAUGUAGAAAGAAAACAUGAGAGUCCAACCUCUGAUGAAGCAGAAUAG